GAGACAGUUAGAAAAUUAAUUUUUGUGAUUGAACCCCGCCAGCUCGCCUCCGGUUACGUCUACGUAUUCUUCCGCUUAUCACUUUAAAAAUGGCGGCUCCCAAGAAGGUGGCUAUUGUUGGCUCUGGCAAUUGGGGAUCAGCCAUAUCAAAGAUAAUUGGCCUAAAUGCACAGGGCAGUAGCAACUUUGACACGACUGUUAACAUGUGGGUAUUUGAAGAAAUGAUUGAUGGAGAGAAGCUCUCAGAAAUAAUAAAUACAAGACAUGAGAAUGUGAAGUACCUCCCUGGAGAGAAGCUGCCAGAGAAUGUGGUUGCUAUCACGAGUGUUGUUGAGUCUGUCAAAGAUGCUGACAUUUUAAUAUUUGUUCUACCUCAUCAGUUUGUCAAAGGUGUUUGUGAACAGAUCAAAGGUCACGUAAAACCAGGAGCUUUCGCCUGCUCCUUAAUUAAAGGUGUCGAUGCUACACAGGGAGGAAUACAGUUAGUAUCACGGAUAAUAUACAAGACACUGGGUAUGGAUGUAUCAGUACUCAUGGGGGCUAAUAUCGCCUCUGAAGUCGCUCGGGGAGACUUCUGUGAAUCAACACUAGGUUCAAGGAAUGCUGAUAAUGCUCAGCUCCUUUAUGAGUUGUUUCAUCGUGACCAUUUCAGGAUAUCAAUCACUCAGGAUGCUGCUACUGUUGAAGUCUGUGGAGCAAUCAAAAAUAUCAUUGCUAUUGCUGCUGGAUUCUGUGAUGGAUUGGGUUAUGGGUCCAGUACUAAAGCUGCUGUCAUGCGUAUUGGUAUGAUGGAGAUGUGGCAGUUUGCCACUAAUUAUUACAAAGGAGUCCAGCUAGGUACCUUUCUUGAGAGCUGUGGGUUCUCCGACGUCAUUGCUACUUGCUAUGGAGGAAGGAACAGGAAAGUAGCUGAAGCUUUUGUCACUGCCAAUAAGACUAUUGAAGAGUUGGAGAAGGAAAUGUUGAAUGGCCAGAAGCUACAAGGCCCUCUUGCUUCGUAUGAAGUUCAUCAACUCCUCAAGAAAGAAGACAAAGAGAAAGAUUACCCUCUAAUGACUGCAGUCUACAGGAUAUGCUAUGAAGGGGCUCCUGUUACAGACUUCUUGAAGAUGAUAUAAAUAAAUAUAAAAUGUGAUAUUUAAGUCUCUUAUUAUUACCAUAUAUUAUGUAUUCUAGACCCAGUGACAUUAAUCAUAGAACUUGUAUGUGUAGGACAUAACAUCUGUAAUGUAUUAGAAGCAAAAAAUAGUUUUAAAUUUAUCUUA